AUGUAUCAAUGGUCGUCUCUGGCUAGUCUUCUAGGGGAUCACGACUCGAGAGACCCGCCUGAGCUUGGUUUCCGAUCACGCCGCACUAUUUUAUCACCACCGUCGCUCGCCGAAGACGUUAAAUUAGAGCCUUCGAGAUGUCUGAUUCCGAUAUGGACAUUGACGAUGAUGAUGUUCAAGUACAUGAACAAUGGCGCGAGGAAGCGGCGGAGAAAGAUGCCCAUACAAUUGCAGGAGAGUCUGAAUUUCUCCAUAGACCAAUUCAAGCUUCCAAUUCGCAUAGCGGAUCCCUUUUUGUUAUUUCAAAAUGCAUUUAUGGGUAAUAGCUCGUCCCUUGUAGAUGUGAAGAGGCAGUCAUGUCCACUCCUCAAUGGGAACAUUACAACACCUUUAGAUGAGCAAUCAAAAAUCACAAAGGAUUCAUGCGGGAGCUUCGAAAACUCAGAAAAGGUACAAGCUUUAGCUGAAGAUAAAGGAAACUCACAACCUAAUAUUUCCGGGAACACUGCGAAGAAUGUUAACUUGGAAGAUGGAAAAGGGAUAACUUUGUCAAGAUUUCCUGCUCCGGGUAUAAUGCCAAACAGCUUUUCGUCAGCGAAUGAACCAGAACAAAAGCGUGCAGCUCAUCUCUGCAAGUUUUUUGCUAAAGGGUGGUGUAUGAAAGGGAAUACCUGCAGGUUUCUUCAUGUGAAAGAGAAUUCGAGUCACACUAGUCACCAACAGUCGGAGUAUAAUAUGGCUGGAAGCAGUUAUAUCCUGCCUGAGGAAGGAAGAAGAACAUCGGACAGCAAAGAAGGUCUAAGAGUUUCUCAGUUAAGCGAAAAUGGCAAGACCUCUUUGCAUACCAGAGAGGAUAUAUCUUUUCUGAAUCCUUCGGGUUCUCAAAGAAUUUUCCCAUCCCCGAACGAGAUGCACUUUAUGUCUUUGUAUGGAAACAUGGGAAGAGAGGGUCUGAAACAAAAGUGUGGCGCUGAUUUCACUGACAACAGGUCUGUAGUUAUUAAUAAAAGCAAUUCCUUCGCAUUGAGAAGCAUUCAUGAGCAUAGAUCUUUAAUCAAUACCUAUGGAAAAGCGGAUAUGGAGUCUUCUGGACCAGCCUGGACAGGAUCAUUAUUCAGUUCUGUACCUACGAAUGAGGGUGGUUCUACCUUGCGACAUUGUGAAAAUAGGAAUAGUAUAUAUGGAUCUGGAUCUCUUCCAACGCUGCAAGGGAUAUCUGUUUCUUCCGGUCAAGAUGCUGAAGGCAACAAUACUAGCAGUAAAAAGAAAGUUUCUUCAAAUGAUUGGGAACCUUCUGAACCUUUUCAACCAUCUUUUACAAUUCCACCUUAUAUACUUCCCUCAUCUGAUGCCCUCUACGAUCCUUUCACGGAUAUAGAGAAUUUAGAAGACAGAUCUCUUAAAGUUCCAUUGUCAAGUGAAGGAAAACAGGCAUGGAAAAAUUCUCAGCAGGAGAAAGAUGGUGAUUCUGCUAGUGGUCUCCGAGCACGGGAAUGCAAUAAUGAUGAUAAAAACAGUUCAUGCAGUCAAAAUCAGCACCAAGAAACUGUGGCGAGAAAGAAUUUGGAAGCAUAUGGAGGAGUGGAAGGGGUGGCUACUUCGGUGGUCGAUCAAAAUGAUGCGACAACACCUAGCAAAGAGAUUUCUUCGUCUGCGGCUGCAGAGAAUAGAGUUGUUUUGAAGAGAAGCAAACAUGUAGGGCAUGAUUCUUGGCAUAAAAGUGAUGGGUCUUCGUAUAAAAAGAUACUGAAAUCAGAUGAGGUAGAUGGUGAAGUAAGGUCAGAUGCUGGAAUGAAAGUAAUGAGACAAUUCCGGACUGCAGUUGUGGAAACCAUUAAAGAAAUGUUGAAACCGUUGUGGCGUGAGGGUCGUCUUAGCAAAGAUGUGCAUAACAUGAUAGUUAAAAAGGCUGCUGAAAAAGUAGUCAGCGCUGCUGUCCAGUUCCACCAGGUGCCAACUGACAGCGAAUCAGUUGAGCAAUAUCUUGGUUCUUCUGCAACCAGAAUUGUGAAGCUUGUCGAGGGGUACGCCGAGAAGUACGGCAAACACUAA